CUCGCGAGAGGUGGAAUAAGUGGGCUUUGGCUCUUCAGGGUUCAGCCUGCGGGUGGCAGACUGAAGCUGUGAAUAUGAGUGAUGAUAAACCGUUCCUCUGCACGGCUCCUGGCUGCGGACAGCGAUUCACGAAUGAAGACCACCUGGCGGUGCACAAACACAAGCAUGAGAUGACCCUGAGGUUCGGUCCGGCUCGCAAUGAGAGUGUCAUCAUCGCCGACCAGACGCCGACGCCGACCCGCUUCCUGAAGAACUGCGAGGAGGUCGGGCUGUUCAACGAGCUCACCGGCCCGUUCGAGCAUGACUUCAAGAAGGCCACCGAGGAUGACAUUAAAAAGUUGCCUCUGGACUUGUCUCCGCUUGUGACUCCUGUUGUUCGAAACAAGAUAGAGGAGCACACAGCCAUCGAGUCGCACCGGGACAGCCCCCUCCCCCACCCCGAGUCCACCACCACCGACGACAAGGAGGUUUCUUUGCAGCCGAUCUCCACUAUAGUCCGUCCUGCCUCCCUCCAAGUCCCAAAUGUGCUUCUGGCCAGCUCUGAGGCUGGUGUUGUUAUUCAGCAAGCUCUCCCAUCUCCAACAUCUAGCUCUGUUAUAACCCAGGUCCCGUCCUCUAGUAGAUCCAUAGUGUAA